AAUUGAGUAUCAAAAGAGAGAAGACAUGAGACCUGAGAGGUCAGAAGUUGGGCAAAAUCACCUCAACAACUUCAACAUUUAACACCCCGGGAACAGCGAACAAGGACCUGAAGAACCUUCUGCACAAUGAAGCUUGGGCUCCUCUUGCUGUGCUUCUUGGCAGCGACGUUGGCGUUUCCAGCACACAGACGGUGGACAAUUCAGUCUGACAGUUCUGAAGAACGCCAGGCAAACAUUGAAAGUGAUGGGAAUGGAGGAGGAGGAUCAGAAGAGUCGGAGAGCGACUCCAGCAGCUCCGAGGAAUCUGACGAGGGCACUGAGCGUGAAGGUGACAAUGGAGACACCAACACAGAUGACAAUGACGCCACCAAUGGAGAUGGAAAUGCAGAGGGCAAUGGUGGAGAUGUUGAUAAUGAAGAGGGGGUCACUGUAGGCUAUGACACUGAGACUGGAGGGUAUGAAGAUCACGAGGAAGAGGAGGGAGGACCUGAAGGGGAAGAAGGGGCUGAAGAAGGAGGAGACAAUGAAGAAGAAUUAGACACUACAGACAAUAAUGAAGACAAUGGUAACAAUGAAGAAUCUGAAGACAAUGGAGGAGAUUAUGAAGCCGGCAAUGAUAAUGAUAAUGAAGAAGAUCAAGAGGGGGGCAUUGAAGAAAAUAAUGAGGAAGAGGUUGAAGAUGAAACGGGAGACAAUGAGGGGGAAGAUGACAGUGAUGAAGAAGAAGACAGUGAGGAAGGUGAUGGUGGAGCAGGAGAUGAGGAGAAUGAAGAGGAAGAGGCGGACAAUGAAGUGGAAGGGGACUAUGAUGCUGGCAACAACGAGCAGGAGAUGGGAGAAGAGGACAAUGUGGGAGACGGUGAUUAUGACAAUGUGAACAACGAGGAAGAAAAUGGGAACAAUGCAGAAGAAGAAGAUGGCGGUGAAAAUGCAGAGGAGGAAGGAGAGGUGGACAAUGGUGGUGAGGAGAAUAACAAUGGAGAAGAACAGGAGCAAAACGGCGUAGAAGAAGAGGAUGACAAUGGAGAGAAUGAAGAAGAGGAAGGAGAGGCAAAUGAAAACGAAGAGGAUAAUGGCAUUCAGAAUGAUGAAGAUAGCGAUGCUGGAGCAGAUGAGGAAGAUGAGAGUAGAAACAAUGAAGAAGACUCAGAAGAAGGGGCUGAACCUGGGGAAUAUGACAGCCAUGAAACUGAUGAUGAUGAUGAUGAUGAUGAUAAUGAAUAGCAGCUCUAUGAACAGGAAAUCCAAACAACGGACACACCACUGCGAUGAAGAGUCCACAGGCAGGUCAAUGAAGCUGCAGAGCGUCAAGAAAUCUUCACCCCAAUCAAACCUGAACAGCGAAAUGAUGUGUUGGCGCCCCAUGAGAGCCCACCCAUGGCAUGACUUUAAAAAGCAAACCCACCCACAACACUACAGGGCGCUCAUCCAGGGAGCUUGGCCAGGAGGGGACGCCAGUUCUUCCCAAAAAACCCACCCACACCACCAUGCUGUCAAGCGUGGGGGCGUAGCCAGGGGGAGAUUUGGGGUUUGAAGCCCCCUGAAAGUACAUUUUAUGACACUUUCAACUAAUU